AUGCCUGCCCAAUACCAUUUUAACCGCAAUGGGCACAAAGCUUCAGACGACUAUGAAGACACCGACAGGAUGGUCGAGCAGCCUCGCGAAGGCUGGAAAGUCCCUGAGCUUACAUGGAUUGACGUCUUCUCUCUCAUCGUCAACAAGAUGAUCGGGACUGGCAUAUUCACCGCGCCGGCUUCCAUCUUCCUCUUGACUGGCCAGAAGAGCCUCACUCUGGGACUUUGGGGCAUUGGUCUCUUCUACUCUAUGGUCAGCAUGGCUUUGUAUCUCGAUUACGCCACAGUGUUUCCUUUCACGGGUGGGGAAUUACUCUACAUGGAGGAGAUGUCGGCAUAUUCCGGCAUAGGCAAACGGAACGACGGCACGACCGAGGCAAAGGAGAAGGAACCUCACGGCAUAGCUGCAUUUCUCAACAAGAUUAGGCGUACCAUACGGAGGCUAUCUGGUGAUGGACUACUGGGAUUCAUCAUUUAUGCAGCCAUAUUCGUCGGCGUCUUCAACUCCAGCACGAAUUCCAUGCAAUUUGGAAGGGUAAUACUUGUAGCCAUACAAGCACACCAGUUCUCUCAGGAUGCCAGCCACGAAAUCGACCGUGAUCUGACAAGAUUCAUCGCAGUGGCAGCCCUGUCCAUCAUUUGUCUCAUACAGUUCUUCUCCCCCCGAGCCGGGAGAAGGCUCAACAACCUGGCCGCGGUGGUAAAGAUCCUGUUCAUGUUACUCCUGAUCGGGUUUGGUGGGCAGGCCGCCAGCAAGGCUCGCCAGAACUCGACAGGCUGGGCCGAGAAAAAUUGCGUUUUCAGCGAUGGCACUUAUAGCGCUUUUCCGAUAAACCCGUCCGACUGCUGCAAUCAGAACGUCGACAGUGUCCUCAAAAACACAUCGUGUUUCUCGAGCAUUGACAUGGAUAAUAUUAUGAACCAAGGAGCCGACAACAAGUUCGCGAAAAGGGGCACCGGCAGCGACGCUUGGGCGAAGGCCCUUCUGUUGGUUUUAUUCAGCUUUGAGGGGUGGGAGAACGCGACCUUUGUGGCAGGGGAGAUCCCUCAGCGCAAGGGAAACAAAAAUGUUCUCCGCCAGGGCUUCAUGACAGCAGUGAUUCUGGUGGGAAUCCUCUACCUGUGCGCCGUUGCUGUCUUCCUCGAGGCUUUUCCAUACGGUGAAAAUUUACAAACCGCGAUCACUCUCAACUACGCGUCCUACUAUAGUUCAUUCUCACUGGUGAACGAUGGUCUUCAGAAACCUGCGAAGCCUGAUGCAGCUUCCAUACGAGCCUGGGCCAUAAUAAUAGCCAUCUCAUGUCUCGGAAGUCUGAACUCCAUCAUUUACACCUUUUCCCGAGUCAAGCAAGCUAUCGGCCAAGCCAAUAUCCUUCCUUGGUCCAACGUCUGGAAGAAAAGCCACACCCUACCCAAGGGGAAAAGGGAAGACGAUAUCAAGUACAAGUCCCCACAGGGAGGGCUGAUAGCUCACUGGAUCAUGAGCGUCGUCUUCAUCGCCGUGGGCUCAGGUAUCGACGGCUUGACGGAGUCGAUCCUCUUGCCGGGGUACCUGCAGACCUACGCGCACGCUUUCGUCCUCUUGAUCAUGGCCGCCGUAUUCCCCCGUCUCGGCGGGCGGGCAGAGGCCCUCGAACGCGACAAGCCAGACCACUUCUUCCGACUGUGGCAGCCCCGGGGAAUCGGCUUAGCCAUCGCGGUGCUGGUGGUGCUGGCCUACAUCGCUCUCAACGUCGCCAUCCUAGUCGUCGUACCACUGCCGCAGGUUUCGCUAACCUCUGACGGCAAAGGUCAGGGCCUGGCAGGCAAGUACUACGCGGCGGUCAUCUACAGCCUCAUUGCCCUCGCCAUCGCGUACUACACGUUCGUCAUCAGCGACUCGAGGAUCGAGUACGUCCAGCGGGAGCCCGGCGCCGCUGGCGAGCCCAGAGUCGUAGAGGAAGUCAAUGGCCUGUGGGGCUCGACGGGCUUCAGCCUGCUGAGCCUGGCGGGCGUGCGAUGCCGCAUCCGGAAGGACCUUGUCUACGAUUCGGAAAUGGAGCGUGUCAGGCACUUCGGGAGACGGUGGAGGGCGAUCUACAUCUUGCAUAAGGACCGCAGGGACCAAGGCCCCGAUGAAGAAGGACCUUACAACUUUCUGUACUGGCUGUUUGGCGGCGAGUGGUACUUUCGACGAAGAAUGCCGGAUACGCCGUGGAAGCGAUUCCGAAACUGGCGGCCUGGCUAA